GGAAAUAACAUAACAUGUCUUCUUGUUUUCUGUCUUUUGAGUUUUUUGUUUUAAAUUAUUUAUUUAAUUAUUUUAAAAAUAAUAAUAAUAAUAAUAUAAAAUUAUAUAUUGGAAGAGCGUGGCGGUGUGAUGUGAAGAGGAGUUUUGAGUUGAGAUGAGAGACAAGUGAAUACCCCCAAAAAUCAAAAUCAAAAUCAAAAUCAAAUCAAAACAGGUUUCCCAAUUUCAUCACCAAAACCCAGAAAAACAUCUUAAAACCUUUUCUUCUUUUGUUGCGUUACGUUGCUCCUACGCUCCUUCAUCAUCAUUACUCUCUCUCUUAAUCUCUUUGAGAUCCGAUACAACAUUCAUAUUCAUCUAAUUCAUUUCUCUUUUCUCAGAUCGAUUAUUACUUUAUUCUUAAGAGAAAAGUAAGUGAGUGAGUGAGAGGGAGAGAGAUGGCAGAUGAUAAAGGCGUUGGAGAAGGUGAGAAGGUAGAAUCGGGAACAACUUCAACUACUACAACAACCACGAGUGAGGUUGGGAAGAAGAAGAAGCGUAAGGGUAUCUUUUCCAGAAUUUGGAAUGGAAUCUUUAGAAUACAUGGCGAUGAUUUUGAGAAGCGCCUUCAGUAUAUUUCUAAAGAAGAAGCCACUGUUCUUGCUAGAAUGAAGAGGAGGUCCCAAACUUGGAGGCGUAUGAUCAGACACCUUAUUAUAUUUACUGUAAUUUUUGAGGCUAUUGCAAUUGGUUAUGCUAUUGUAACAACGCGAACAUCAGAUAUGAAUUGGAAAAUGAGAGCAUUUCGAGUUUUGCCUAUGUUUCUUUUGCCUGCUAUCUCUUCUCUUACUUAUUCGGCAUUUGUAAGCUUCACAAAGAUGUGUGACCGCAAAGACCAAAAGACUUUGGAAAAGCUCCGGGCAGAAAGGCAGGCGAAAAUUGAUGAGCUUAAAGAAAGAACUAAUUAUUACAGUACUCAACAACUGAUUCAGAGAUAUGACCCUGACCCAGCAGCAAAAGCAGCUGCGGCAACUGUUUUAGCGUCGAAGUUGGGUGCAGAUUCAGGUCUGAAAAUGUUUUUGGGAGAUGAACCCAAUGUUCAAGCUACAAUGGGAAAGAGCAAAGAUGUAGAACUUGUUCAGUCUGGUGGACUUCGGAAUAGGAAACAAUCUAACAUUCACUCAGGUAGUGCUGGGGGAAGUCCCUUGCUUCAUUCUGGUGAAGGUACACCUCAAUCUCUGGGGAGUGAGGAUCCCCAGAUAUCUGAGCAGAGCUCGAUGGUUGUUAGUCAUUACAAUCCUCAAGGAUCCCCUGCUCAGGAUGGAGGAUGGAUUGCUCGAAUUGCAGCAUUACUUGUGGGUGAAGAUCCAACACAAUCGUAUGCACUCAUUUGUGGAAACUGCCACAUGCACAACGGACUUGCUAGGAAGGAAGAUUUCCCAUUCAUCACAUAUUAUUGUCCACAUUGUCAGGCCCUAAACAGGCCACACCAAUCCGAAGAGCGUGUUUCUGGCUCUAGUACCCCUAAUUCGGGAUCCAUCAGAGGCGCGGGGAGUAGCGAUGUUUUGAAGACUGCUAGUGUUCUUGCAAGUGAGAGUGUAGUCACAGGUGACAGUUCCAUUAUUAGAACCAUCCCGGAGAACAAAAUCAAGGAAAUGACAGAGACAAUGGAGGAUUUAGCCAGUUGAGAAGCAAGCAUGCAAACUUAACCUGUUCACCUUGGCCAUGCAGGUGGAACUUUUAGUGUUGUGGAGGUAGUUUAUAUGGGAUUUGCUUCAUAUGCUUGGUUGGGUUCCAAGAAAAACGUUGAGAGUUCGUGUGCGAAACAUUAUGUGCUUUUACUUUUACAUAUAUGAUGAUUUAUACCGUGUAACAACUUAAUAUGGGUUGUUACAUUCCUGUACAUUAGUUUAGUUUUUUCAUUCUAAUUAUUAGUACUUCCCCAUGCUUUAAAAUUUUGUACCAGUGAUGUGGCAUCUUAUUAUUUUGUGAUGUUUUUUUUUCUUUCUAUUUGUAAGUUAAAAUAUUUAGAUGAAAAAUGCUAGUUUGGUUUUAUGUU